AUUGACUGUAAAAUAUUAUUGGUCCUCUUCUUCUCUCUCUCUCUCUCCAUUUUCCUUUUUCUUUGCAGAGUUUUUGGUCAGAGAGAGAUGAAAAAUACCCACAAUAAUUCUUACCCUUCUUCUACUGAUUAAUCUUGAGGUAAUUAAGCGGAAAUGGAUCUGAGAACCAUUUAGUAUGGGGAUUCAUCAUAUAUGAUUGAGUUCUUUUUUUUUUUGUUGUUCUUGUUUUCCCCCUUGCUGUUAAACAAGUAUUACUUGUGCUGUUGUUUCUGCAGAUUUUCCAGUUAAGCUAACGUGUUGACUGUUGAUUUUGUUCCUUAGUUCCGGCAAACAAGAAGAUCAGCCCAACUGAGCUUAUAAGGUAUUGUUUGAAUGAUCCAACUCUCAUGUUGUAUCAUCUGCAAAUGAAGCAUUCAGUUCAAGAUUAUCAACCACAAAAUUACCAUCCAGUUCCAGCAUUCAGCUCAUCUGAACCCUACCAGAGUAAUGGUUUUUGCAUUAGUCCACCGAUUUCCUCCCCAUUUAUUUCUUUUCCGAACUCGUCGAAUUCGAGGGAUUUUAGCCUCUAUCAGGGCAUCGGAAGAAAGGAAUCCGGCAUCGAAGAGAUGAGUAAGAUGAUAAGUUUUGGAAGCGCGGAAUAUUCCACAUCUUCAUCAUCUGAAGCUAAUGACAUGGUAGAAUAUGGUCAACCCAUUGUGAAGAAAGCUAGUAGUUUCCGUAGAACACCAUUACAAGCAAAAUAUCAUUUGAUGGCCGAAAGGAAACGGCGAGAGAAGCUCUUGCAGCAGUUCAUUGCUUUGUCAGCUCUAGUUCCUGGACUUGAAAAGUUGAACAAGAUGUCUAUCAUGGAUGGUGCGAUUGAUCACAUGAAACAACUCGAAAAACGACUCAAGACACUUUCAGAGCAUCCUCAUUGUCGGAUGAAACAUGAUGAACAAGAUCAAUCUUGUUCAUCACAGUCUGAUGAAAUCAUCAGAACCAGAGUCGAUCAUUCAUGGAAUGAUAUCCAAAUAAAAGUUGUGAAGCCAGAUGUGCUGAUUAGAGUCACCUGCGAAUCCAGAACCGGCCGGUUCCAUGAAGAAGAAUUUGUUAGUGAGAUGAACAACCUUAAUCUAAGUGUCACAAACUAUAGAUUUAUGCCUUUUGGUGACAACAAGCUUGUUGCAUCCGCAGUUGCUAAGGUAAAGUUUCGACAUUUUCCUAUUUCAAUUUCUUUUUAUUUUUUUAGUGUAAAUGGUUCCAUUUUCUGCUUGGGUCCUAGCUCACAACAACCUAUCAUUUGAAAAAUCUCAAUUUGAUUUGAUUGCUUGUUAUUGGUACAAACACACACCAAUCAAUUAUUAGUCUGAAAAAGAGAUGUGUACUUGAAUAUACUCCGUAUUAUUUUAACCUGUGUCUCACCUUUUAAUAUAUGCUUUAAAUCAUUAACGUGCAUGUAUUUAUAACCGACGAUAUGGCUUUCAUUUGUUGAAAUUUUGUUUGAUAUUGACAGACCAAAAUGAAAUCAUUUCUCAACAUCCUCUGGAUAUGAACAUAAUGCUUGUUCAUAUUUUAAUAAUUUACCUACUAUGUAUAGAAAUUCAUUUUCUUUAUACAUUACGCAUAGCUCAUCAAGGCAUUCAAAAACAUAUUUUUGGUUAAAAUUUUAAAGGUUAUUUUCUUUCGAAAAAUAAAUUUAAAGAAAGCUUAGGGAGGAAAUUUAACGGCCAAGAUUAUUAAGAAUAUGCUAAUCAUGAGGUUACUUAAUUGGUUAUAUAUGUUUGUUGAGAUUGUUGUAGAUGAAUGAGGGCUUCUGUUUGACCGAAGAUGAACUGGAGGAUAGCAUUCGCCUGUCUGUCCUAAAUCUCAUAAUCUGAUCUACGUUCAGCUAUGGCUUCGGAUCCGGUGUGUACACUUUUUUUCUUUUUUAAAAAAAAGGAAAGAAUCAUGCACCUUCUAAUAUAUACUAUUGUAAUUUUUUCUGUCAUGAAAUAAUUCAUAUGUAUUACACAAACUAGGUGUUAGACCCGUCCGAUAGACGGAGAACACAUAUACAUAGACAUUACUAUAGAAACAAAUCAAAAAAAUAUUAAUAUUUGUUUAGAUUAUUGUAUUUUUAUAAAAUAUAUAAUCAAUUUAUUUAAAACUAUAAAACACAAACAUCGACAAC